ACUAAGAAAUAUGGAUCGGUCUUCACCAUCCACCUCGGACCUAAAAAGGUGGUGGUCCUGGCGGGAUACAAGACGGUGAAGGAGGCACUCGUUCAGUACGACGAGGAGUUUGGAGAACGGGACUCCCUUCAAAUUUUACAUGAUUUUAACAAAAGCCAGGGGGUUUUAUGGUCCAACGGCGACUCGUGGAAAGAAAUGCGGCGCUUUGCUUUGACCAACCUCAGAGAUUUUGGGAUGGGGAAGAAGGCGUGCGAGGACAAGAUCACUGAGGAAUGUCAGCACCUGAUGGAAGUUUUAAAAAAGUUCAAYGGAAAACCUUUUGAAACAAUGCAGCCAAUAAACUAUUCUGUGUCUAACAUCAUCUGCUCCUUGGUCUACGGCAGCAGAUUUGAAUACAGCGACCCAGAGUUUACAUCCAUGGUGGAUCGGAUAAACAAAAACAUCCAAGUUAUUUUUUCUCCUUCCAUUCAGGUUUACAACAUCUUUCCAUGGCUCUUCAAAUGGAUGCCAAGUAAGAAGCAGUUUCAUAAAAUGUUUGAGAGCAAUAAGARGCAGAAUCUCACCUUCUUCCGCAAACUGAAAGAGACGCUGAACCCAGAGAUGUGCAGAGGAUUUGUGGACGCUUUCAUGGUCCGCAAGCAGAACCUGGAGGGAACCACAGUUUAUCCUCUGCUGGCUUCAGUCCUGCACGAUCCCAGUGAGUGGGAGAAACCAAACAGCUUUCAUCCCGCUCACUUUCUGGACAAAGAAGGAAAAUUUGUGAAGCGAGACGCCUUCAUGCCAUUUUCUGCAGGUCGCAGGGCUUGUCUUGGAGAGAGUCUGGCCAGGAUGGAGCUCUUCAUCUUCUUCAGCACCCUCCUGCAGCGCUUCCGUUUCACUCCUCCUCCUGGAGUUUCAGAGGAGGAAUUGGACCUGACUCCGUGUGGAGGCCUUACUCUCAGCCCUCCGCCUCACAAACUGUGUGCUGUUUCUCUGAUGUGAGACAGACAAGAGUCCUUUGAAACACUCCGUGGAACAAUUUUUUUUUAUUUAGUUUAUAAAACAGAAAAUAUUUGAAUGAAUAGGCACAAUAUUAUUGCUAAUAACCAAUAAAUCACUGCACUCAC